AUGAAUCCUAUGAGGAAGGAUGUUGAUACUAGAGGUGAUAAACACAUGGAUCUGUCUAGUGAGGAUGACGUCGAUGUUAUGGCAGUGCUGCAUAGCAUAACACGUCAUGCUAAGAAGGAAGCUCAAAGAGAGCAGGGAGGUGCAAAUCUGAUUGUAGCUGAGGAUUGGAUUCAAGAGAUAGAGGAACUCCUGACUGUGCUACAUUGUACUGAGGAGAAGAAAGUACAAUAUGCCACUUUCAAAUUGGUUGGGGAGGCCAAGAUAUGGAGGAGGUCAGCAAAACUGGUGGAGGAGCAGCGACCAAGGUAUACGUCUAUUACCUGGAGUCAUUUCAAGGAGGUGUUCUUUGGCAGAUGCUUCCCAAUUGCCACCCGAGAGGCGAAAGCAAAGGAGUUUCUACACUUGACUCAGGGGUCCAUGUUGGUGCAACAAUAUGCAGCUAAGUUUGUGGAGUUAUCAUGUUUUGCUCCACACAUGGUCCCGUACGAGCCGCUGAAAGCUUGGAUGUUUAAGAAAGGAUUAAGAUCGGGGAUACACGCUCAAAUGGUGGCAUUGAUGACUCAGAGUUUCUCUAAGUUGGUGGACAGGGCCAUGGCUUGA